CCUAUUAACAUUUAUAUUUUAAGACUCUCGGUGUGAUGUCUCAUCGCCUUUUCACUGGGUAAUUUCAAUGUGAAGCAAAGAUUUGGAGAGAAGCCAGGGGAGUGGUGAAGUAUUUAAUAGUAAAGGUAACUUUGGGCAGCUCAGAGCUUCAGAACAACAGCAGGAAGCAAACAAGCUUUUUCAUCAUGGAUAUAUGUACAGCAAAUAAUGAAUUCACCAUUGAUGUUUUAAAAGAAAUUAGUAAAAAUGCUGCUGGCGAAAAUAUAGUCUAUUCAUCGAUGAGCAUCAUGAUUUCCUUGGCAAUGGUUUACUUGGGAGCUGGUGGUAACACAGCUGCAGACAUGAGUAAGGCUCUUCAUUUUGAUGAGGUUGAAAAUGUUCACACUCAGUUCCAAGUUCUUCUGAAAGAGAUGAUGAAAAAUGAAAAUGAUUACACCCUGAGCAUUGUCAACAAACUAUUUGGUGAAAACAAAUACAACUUUCUUCCAUCUUUUCUAAAAGCCAUUAAAGCUUUAUAUGGUGCUCCUCUGGAAAAGGUUGAUUUCAGUUUAAACCCUGAGGCUACACGGAGCUACAUAAAUUCUUGGAUUCAGCAGCAGACAAAAGGAAAGAUCCAGAAUCUGCUGCCUGAAAAUUCUAUAUCAUCAAAUACUGCUUUGGUGGUUACCAACACAUUAUACUUUCUUGCAAACUGGACAACACCAUUUAGGCAACAAACCACCAGGAAGGCUCCUUUUACGCUAAUAACGAAUGAACAAAUCCAGGUGAAUAUGAUGGCUACAAUGAAUACAUUUAACAUGAACAGGAUAGAGAAAUUGGGAAUGAGUGUUCUUGAGCUUCCAUAUGGGGACACCAAAGAUCUCAGUAUGAUCAUACUGCUACCUGAUAACAACACCGUUUUAACCAAGGUCGAAAGAGAGAUUUCAUAUGAAAAGCUAAGCAAAUGGACAAGUGAGAAUAUGAGACCAAACUACAUAGCAGUGUAUCUUCCACGUUUCCGAAUGGAGAAGAGUUUUUCUCUCAAGAAGGUUCUAUCUUCCUUAGGGAUGUCAAGUGCAUUCAAUCAGGCCAGGGCCAAUUUCUCAGUAAUGGGAAGGCAGCAGAAGCUCUAUGUAUCGGAUGUCCAUCACAAGACAUUCCUCGAAGUAAAUGAAAAAGGCACUGAAGCUGCCAGCGCUACUGGUUCGGUAAUGUCAAUGCGCAGCUUAGCAUAUGAGGAGUUUAAGGCAAAUCGUCCUUUCCACUUUUUCAUAAGACACAACAAGUCCAGUUGCAUACUACUAUAUGGCAAGUUCUACAAGCCUUAAAAAUACCAAAAGAUGAAAUCCAGAUUCAUAAACUUUAAUAAUCUAUUUUUAUAUGAGUGUGUGCAUUUCUCUUCCAUAAUAAAAUGCUAGAUAUUAACCAAAAGAACAGUUUUAUGAUUUGAAAA